AAGUCGACCUAGUGAACCCUGCAAUUAUUGUCCUGGCAAGAAAUCGAAAAAAUAAAUUGCAUACAAGAGGCGGAGAAGUGCAAAAAUGUAAAGAAAAAACGUACAAAAAAUAAAAUAAUUGCAUUUCAUCGCUACCAUUUAUUAAAUAUUGCAUACAAAACGCCGUGUGUAGUGUUGAAAACAAAUCGGGAAAAAAGUAAAAGAAAUUCUCAAAGAAACCAAUCAACAUCAUUUUUUCCCCCAACAUAUCGUAGGGAGAAAAAAAUGUAAAGAAAAACAUAUAAAACACAGAGUGUAAAAUAAAAAAGUAACAAAAAAAUAAAAGUAUAUAAAAGAGAGUGCCCGUGAGAGAGUAAAGCCCAUAUUUUUUUUGUGAGGCAAGCAGCCAUAACAAACAAAAAGCAAGAGAAGUAAGUGUGCAGCAGCAGCAGCGACAGCAAAAAGAAAACAACAAAACAUUAACAAAAUAAAAGUAAUACUUCUACUACUACUUCUCUUCUCUUGGAAGUACACAAAACAAGAAAAUAAUGAAAUUAAGUUUAUUUUGUUUUCAAGUGGCUUUUAUUUCGUUGAAUGUGAACGAACAGCAGUAGUAUAACCGCGUCGUCGUCGUUGUCCGUCGGUGGUGGGUGAGUGCGAAUGUGUUGCUAAAACAACAACUCCAGAAAAAUACAACACAAACACACACGGCUACAAACAAACAGAGACAAUGUCAGUGUUUGUCCUUAGAUAAACGUUUUAUCAAUGUUAAAGGUCCUGAUAUGAUAUCAGAGCAGCAGCAGCGACAGUAGUUGUUGUAGCAACACAAACGAAUACCAGCAACAACUGUGAGAACUCCACUCCAAACACCGGAUCUCAAAUUAAUAGAAAAAAUAAACAACAUUGGAGUGGUGCCGCGAACGAAUGUGAACGCGUCAAUAAUGUUCUGGUGCAGCUAAUGCGAGCACGGCAUGUUGAGUUAUCAAAUUGAAUUUGUAAUGCACCGUCUUCUGCGCCAUCAUCACCAUCAUAAACGGUGUUGAUACGACGUUUGUCGCCGUAGCUCUACUGCACUUCUGCAUAGCUCUCAUACCCAAAACCACAACAUCAGUAACCAUCAUUUACCACCGGCCCCAGUAAGGAAGUAGCUAGCUAGCAGUAGACAGAAGACAUAUGUUCCAGAAAAACAGUCUCUUCUCCCCCUCACCGGAAUAAAAGUGUCAAACAAGAACUCUAGCCAGCAAUUCUGGCAAAAUGCUCUCAUAUACCACCCAUACCAAGUGAUUCAUCCUUCCAAGAAAUGAAAUGAAAUAAAUUGCAUUUUCUUUUUCAUUAUUUAUGAAAAUAAAAAAAAACGAAAAACUAGAAAACGAAAACACCAACAAACGCCAAGGCAAAAGGAAAAGGAAAUUAAAAGAUUUCAUCAACACAACAAGUGAAGCAAGAAAACAACCAACAUUCUACCAUAACAGCAUCAAACAUUCAAGCCAGAACACGGUCAAUGCUACUAGUGGGUUGGUGGCUGUCUUGAAGAAACCUGGGAAGACACCCACACACACAUACAUCUUAGCAUCAAGGCUCUAAGAACCACCACCAACCACCACAAAUUUCCCAUAGCAAACACACACACAUUUUUUUUGCCUGUGGUUGGGGGGCAGUGGCAAUGUCGCCCGGUUCUUUAAAUGGUGGAGCAGGAGCAGCCGCAGCAGCAGCAGGUUAUAUCGAUAGCAGUAGCGCCACCUCAAAUACCUUUCAAAUUGCCGCCAACGGUAUCAUGGAUUCAUCAAGAGUUUCGACAUGCCUCAUAUCGAUGCUGUUGAUAGUCUAUGGCAGUUUUCGUAGCUUAAAUAUCGAACAGGAGGCCCGCGAGCGGGAGCUAAAGAAACGCAAUGAGUCGACAACAAAUUUACUGACCGGCGAGCCGGUGCAACAGGAGACGAGUAAAUUUGCCACAUUGGAUACAAUGCAUGCCCUCUGCCUGCCAUUGGGUGCAUCCAUUUCACUUUUAAUUAUGUUCUUCUUUUUCGAUUCCAUGCAGCUGCUGUUUGCCGUUUGUACAGCAAUAAUUGCCACCGUGGCUCUGGCCUUUCUACUCUUGCCGAUGUGUCAGUAUAUCAUACGCCCCUGCACUGAUGGUACCCGAAUCUCAUUUGGAGUCUGUGGACGUUUUACUGCCGCCGAAUUAUUUAGUUUUACUCUAUCUGUGUCAAUUGUCUGUGUGUGGGUGCUAACGGGUCAUUGGCUCUUGAUGGAUGCAAUGGGCAUGGGCUUAUGUGUUGCUUUCAUUGCAUUUGUCCGCUUGCCCAGCCUUAAGGUCUCCACUCUCCUGCUAACCGGCCUGCUCAUCUAUGAUGUCUUCUGGGUCUUCUUCUCGUCGUAUAUCUUUAGCACAAAUGUUAUGGUCAAAGUGGCAACACGUCCAGCCGAUAAUCCGGUUGGCAUUGUGGCGCGCAAACUGAACCUGGGCAAUAUGGUUAAGGAGGCGCCAAAGCUGAAUUUACCGGGAAAACUGGUUUUUCCCAGCAUACACAAUACCGGACACUUUUCAAUGUUGGGUUUGGGUGACAUUGUAAUGCCGGGUCUGUUGUUGUGUUUUGUGCUGCGCUACGAUGCCUAUAAGAAAGCCCAAAUUGUAACGAACGAUCAAAUGCUACCACCGCCAAAGGGUGUCGGCUCAAGGUUGACAUAUUUUCACUGUUCCUUAUUGGGUUACUUUUUGGGUCUACUUACCGCCACUGUAAGCUCGGAAGUCUUUAAAGCAGCGCAACCGGCACUUCUCUAUUUGGUUCCAUUCACAUUACUGCCUUUGUUGACAAUGGCUUAUCUGAAGGGCGAUUUACGUCGCAUGUGGAGUGAACCAUUCAUUACCCAACAACCUUCAAAACAACUGGAAGUCUGAGUGUUUUUCAUGAAACGAAAAUACUUUUUUUUAAAGAAACAAAAAACACUACUACUACUAUAACUUAAUGUAUAAAUUAUAAGUUAAACAACACUCUCUUUUUUCAAAAAAAAAUCUUUUUUUUUUGUUUUCUUUUUAGUAAUACGUUUUUU